CCCCCCGCCGCCCCCACUUCCUCUCGCAGCCCUCCUCUUGACACAGCAUUCAGGUCAUCCUGCGCGCCCGACGGCGCUCUCCUUGCGGCUUGUUUAUUCAACCUGACGCCAUGAUCGAUGGCAUCCCGGAGCGCCUUUGCGCGCGCCACUGGCCGGGCCUCGGCGUCCCUUCCGCGGCGCUGCUCGGCGCUCCGUGACUAUAUUAGGUUGGCCCGGGACGCGGCCCGGCACCGGCCAAUGGGAGAGGUCUCCCUGCGCCUCGCUCCGCCUCCGUCCCUGCCUCCCGAGUGUCCAAGCUGCGGCUGGCCGCGCCGGCCCUGCUGUGCGCGCUUUGGAGACGAGGCUCAGCGCACGCCGGGGGCACCUGCUCUGCGCUGGCAGGACGCUGCGCUCGGGCACAGACGCCGGCGCCCGCGAUGUUCCCGAGCCCGGUGACCACGACGCCUUUCUCCGUCAAGGAUAUCCUGAGUCUGGAGCAACAUCCCAGCGGCUUGGCGCCCAUGGAGCUCUCGGCUCUGGGCUCGCCCUCGUCGUGCAUGCUAGCCACCUUCAAGCAGGAGGCGUAUCCGGCCGACGAAGGCCCGAUCGCGGACAGCCCCGUCGGCCUCGCCAAAAGCAACGGCGCCGCUUUCCCCAGCCCCUUUUACGCGGCCAAAAACUACGUGGAAAUGGACUCGACCAAGGCGCCCAAAGGGGACAACAAGAAAGAGCUGUGCGCCCUCCAGAAAUCCCUUGAGCAGGAGAAGCGGGACGCCGAGGAUCCGGAGCGACCCCGCCAGAGGAAGCGGCGGAAACCCCGCGUGCUUUUCUCGCAGGCGCAAGUCUACGAGCUGGAGCGGCGCUUCAAACAGCAGAAAUACCUCUCUGCCCCGGAGAGAGACCACUUGGCCAACGUGCUGAAGCUCACCUCCACGCAGGUCAAGAUCUGGUUCCAGAACCGGCGGUACAAAUGCAAACGGCAGAGGCAGGACCAGAGCUUGGAGAUGGUGGGCAUCCCUCCUCCGCGGAGGAUCGCCGUGCCCGUCCUGGUCCGGGACGGCAAGCCUUGCCUGGGGGACUCGUCGCCCUACAGCUCCCCCUACAACGUCAGCCUCAACCCCUACAGCUACAACUCCUACCCGGCCUACAGCAACUACAGCGGCGCCGCCUGCAGCGCCAGCUACAGCUGCAGCUACCCGGGCGUGCAAGGCGUGCAGCCCGCGGCGCCCGGCGGCAACUUCAUGAACUUCAGCGUGGGGGACUUGAACCCCGUGCAGACGCCCAUCCCGCAAGGGAACAGCGCCCUCUCCACGUUGCACGGCAUCCGGGCCUGGUAGGCCUCCCAAGGCUCCCUCCCUCCUUGCGGCGGAGGCUGAGUGCUUGGGGGGGAAGACUUUUCCUGGACGGACUCCAAAGCGGGCAUUAAAAGCGGCCGGGCUGGACCUCCUGCUGGAGAGAGGCGGUCUGUCAGCAGGGAUCACUCUGGGCUCAAGGACCCGGGGGCGCCAGGGAGCGCAUACACCCACCCCAGGUUUGGGGUUCUUUCGGGGUGGGCGCACAGAAGCUCCCAAGGCGCCUCCCAGCACUCGCUCAUUCGCCCAAGGAAGAUCUUGUCUACACUGCUGGACACAUUUUCUGCCCCCCACUGCCCCGCCAGCCAACUUCUGCUCCAGGCCAGGAUUGCGCGCACUGCGCUGGGCUUUUUUAUGGUUCAAACUACAGGGAGCAGCUUGCUCUGCAGAUCGCAACCUUACAGCGAAUUUAAGAGACGGGCGUGAAUCCACUGGGCUCUCUUUUUGGAUCCAACUAGAACAUGAAUUUCCAAGGGGAGUUGGCGUUUUCAGGGGGGGGCGGGUCUUGUUUACUAACAGACAUACUCCCACUCGCGCUCUCUUGUCUGUUUCGUUUUAUUCUCAACACGUCCAGAAUCCUUUUCCUAUACAGUAUUUAAAAGCUCGAUGUCAGGAUCUUCAGGGGUUGCUCAAGUUGGCUGCGAGCUCAGGUUUUGAAACAAGAUUUUUCUUGCUGGGUUGUUCCGGUGUAGCUGGGGUUAUGUUGUUCUGUUUUUAACUUGGACACGUCUGGCCUUUCCUUCUCUAGACCUUGCGUGGGAAUAUGUGUGUGUGCGUGCGCGUGUUGGGCAAGGGGGUGGGGUGGAGUGAGGACUCUUUCGCACUGUAGCCGAGGCCCCACCAGAAUGAAGGAAGUCAGACGCUGUUUUCGUUCCAGACCCCCAUUUAGUUGUUAUGCACUAAAACAAGUGAUUGAUUUUGAUAGUAUUAAAUGCACUGUCUGUUCUUUGUCCAGCCGCUUGGUUUGAUGUACGUGGUCUCCCCCAUCCCCCCUUUUUUUGCUGUACAGCCCGAUACAAAUGAGUGUCUUGUCAUUAAAGAGAGUGGCUUGA